AUGGAGGGUACAGAGACGUUGAGGCCCCUUGAGCUGCUGCUGAGGGGGCCCCCAUCUGUACCCUCUCUCUGCUGCUGGGCCCUGCGGUGGGAGGCCCCCAGGCUGUGUGCUGCUGCUGCGAGCCUGUCUGCUCGUCUGCUGCAGCAAUGGCAGCAGCAGCAACAGCAGCAGCAGCAGCAGCAGCAGGAGGAGCGACAGCAGCACGAACGCCCUAGAAGCCGCAGCAAGUUCUCAGCAGCGAAGCAUUUGCUGCUGCAGCAGCUGCAGCAGCUGCAGCAGCUGCUGCUGCUGCUUAUUGGCUGGGGAGGGUUUGCUUUCGCUGGGUGCCUGGGGGCCCUCCUCCUUGCCCUGGGGGGCCCCUGCUGGGGGCCCCUCCGCAUGCAUCGUGUCUCCUGGUGUGUAUCUACAGCAGACGGGGGCUAUCUGCUGCUCUCUAAGCUGUCUCCUUUGGCAGCAGAAAAGCAGCAGGGGUUAGUAGGGGCCCCCCAGGGGGGCCCCCCAUCAGCAGGGGGCCCCCAGGGGGGCCCCCCAUCAGCAGGGGCCCCCUGGGGGGGCCCCCUCAAACAGUGGAUUUGUACCCUUUUCACAGCAGGGGCCCCUCGGCCAUGGGUACAGAUGCUCACGGGGGGCCCCCAGGGGGCCCCCCCUGAUGUCGGGGGGUUUGAGGCCCUCCUCAUCAGCCCCUUACCCCCCAGCACAGAAGGCUAUGAAGGGGGGGUACACGAGCAAGCCCAGCAGCUGCAGCAGCAGCUGCAGCAGCAGCUGCAGCAGCAGCAGCAGCAGCAGCAGCAGCACGGCAACUGGUGUCUGGCGUCUCUUCGAUACCAGAUGGCCCCCCAGUAUGAGGGUAGGGGGGGCCCCCAUGAGGAUGCUGCUGCUGCUGGGGGCCCCCAUGAAGGUGCUGCUGCUGUUGGGGGCCCCCGCAGCUGCAGCAGAGCGGAUUCGUUGUCUCUUAGCCUGGAUCAGGUGUUCCCCUCUGCAUCAGAUGCUGCUGCAGCAGCAGCAGCAGCAGCAGCAGCAGCAGCAGCAGCAGCGGCGGCGGUGCCCUUGCGCAGCAGCAACGAAGGGGGCCCCUGUCUGGUAACGUGGGUUGGGGCCCUUCGAUGGGGGCCCCCGGGGGGGCCCCUCUGGCUGGAGACGCUGCUGACGCAGCAGCAGGCGGAGACAACCCUCAGCUGUCUGCUGCAGCUGCUGGGGUCUCGCAGGGGCCUCUCUUCUGGCUGUACCCUUUCCUCUGUCGGUGUGGGGGCCCCCUCGAGGGGCCCCCAGUACCCUGUGAAAGCAGAGACAGGGGCCAGGGGGCCCCCGGGGGCCCCUGGGGCCCCUUGUGAGGAUUCGAACCCAGUGGGGGGCCCCUGGGAGCUGGUGGGGCCCCUGGCGGAGUUUUAUAGGGUUUGGGGGCCCCUCGGGGGCCCCCAGGCAUUGGCUCUAGCGCAGAAGCGGGGGCAGCAGCGAUACAGAGAUAUGAUGAAUAGGGUGGAGACGGGGGCCCCGGGGGGCCCUCCUGCAGGAGGAGACAGAAACAGUACAGAGACAGAGGGGCCUGCUGCUGCAGCUGCUGCAGCGGCAGCGUGCAGACAUCCCCAGGGGUAA